AUGAUCAUCUUAUUCUGUGUCAUAGUGCUGGUGGUCCGCAGAUGGCGUCAAAACCAUCCCAACGUCCUGUCGAGUUGGUUCAAUUGCUACAAGGGCGCUGACUAUUCGGGAAGAGAAGUUAAUUUCCGCGACGCCUACGGUGAUGGUGGUAAAGAUGACCACUUGGGCAGUGAUUUGGCCAACAAAUUAUUAGGCAGUCGUAUCAAGGGACGCUUUAUUAAAGAAAGUCAAAAACGUAGGAUAGUUCUGCAGAGAAAACCCAAUGUGCUUUACCCCAAAUACCCGACUGCUUUCGGUCCCGCAAAUGAUACCAAUGUAAUACGUAGCGAGGCCGUAGACACGGCACUU